GGCGGGACACCGUGUCGUGGAUGGCCUUUUAUUUUUCAAAGUGAGCACUCCAAAUAUUCAUGAGUGGAUUCGUUUAGGAUGAAUGGAUUUGGUAGGUAUUCCUUUGUUGAAGCACUUUUCUUAAGCUAGUACGCUUUGUUGUCCUUCAAAUCUUGCGUCGCGCCUGAGGGAUGUAAAGGAAUUUCGUCCUGAUUGAUCGCACGAGUGCGCAAGCUCUACAGGGCGGUCUCCCACUUCGAGUGUUUAUUCGCUCGUAUUUGUUGAUAUAUUGGACAUUGAGACGUUGAAUAACUUUUGUAUCGGAGCACUCGUCAACGGGCCUCCUUCAUUCUUCGCCAUGGGGUCAGUUGAAUGAUCGUCUUUUUGUGGUCGGCUUUCAGGGUAAAAUUUCUGCACAGCACCAUACUACAUUAUGCAUUCAGUUCUUGGAUUGAGAAAACAAUGACCAAAAAAAUACAUUGCCAUUGGGAAAACAGAUUUUUUUUACAAUUGUAUGGGGCUGUGAGGAAAUUUUACCGCCUUCAGUAGGGUAAAGAAGGUUGGAUGGUGCGAUAUUAGGAGAACGGUUAAACAAUCGUCAGAGCGGAUUCACAGGAUAAACGAUACUAAAGUAUUAUCCAUCAGGCCCCGCCUGUUUUCUGUGUUUGUUUGUCUCAUUGUUUUUGGCUUCAUAUACUUUUGUACACAAAGGUUGCUAGGCAAUCCAUUACUUCAGAUGGUCUGAGUUUAGAGGUCAGAGUCACAUUUGGGUGGGGAUGGUUGCUGAUAGAUGAUAAAAUGUGGUAGGUUAGGGGUGAGGUUUGGGAUGAGGAACUUUGAUAUGAGAAGGAGAGUUAGAGAGGAUGACAAUGAUGCUGGUUGAUGCUGAUGAGGAGGACAAAUAAAUGACAAAGUCAUUCCUUUGACCCUUUAACUCCCACGAGAGACCAAGGUAGAUUUUCUCCUCAAUAUCAAUUCAAUAUCAAGCAGACAACUGAUGAGAAAAAAUAAAAAUAUCAGUAAGGGGUUUAUUAUUUAAUGCAGCACCAAAUUUUUCAAAUUGACAUCAUGAAAAUUGUAGAGCAGGUAAAAGGAGAAAUGCAAAAGAAAUGAGAUCUUAUGAGUGAAAGGGAAUUUUUUUUCCUUUAUGGUAUUUUUCUGGUAAAUAAUGAUUUCCUCUCUAACAAAUUAAAGUUACUGUAUUUGUCAUAAGCCCUGGAAUGAACUAAGCCAACUAAGAGCAAGUUAAAUAGAUAUCUUUCUUGGGAUUGACAUCUUUCUUGGGAUUGAUGUCUUUCUUGGGAUUGAAUUGUCAAUUUAACCUUCUAAUGGAAAACAAAACUGUAAUCACAUUGAGUGUUGUCAAUGAGGGACUGGCAGACUGUAUUGUUUACUCUUAACCCUUUUCUUUCAGAUGUUGGUGAACACAAGAGGGAGCUGAAGGACUUCAGUCUUUGUUUCUAUACAUCAGCAGCUAGUUUUGUACUCUGCUUGUUUUUAUUUUAUUUUGUGAGCCCAAGAUUCUCAGCACGGAUCUCCUCAGGAUACUGCGAGCUCAGUGUUGCCAAAAAAACUGACUGGGACACAAGGUGAUGAUGAUUAUUGACACGAUCAGACCCUCUGUCAUUUCUGUAAUCCUCUUUCCUUCCCUUGAAGUACCUGACCCUUAUCCUUUAACUCCAAAAAGUGUAUUAUAUCCACACAUUAUCCAGCAAACAGAUAAUGAGAAUACUCAAACUUAUCAUGCCAACCAACUUCUCAUAGCUAUUUUACAAGGGAAUUUGUAGUAGCUAGAGGAGAGAAUUUACAAUAAGAUCUUGAAGGUAAUGGGAUUAAUUCUUUAUGAUCAUAUUCUUUUCUACCCCUAUCAACCUAUCAACUUGUUUUGUUUUUUAUGGCUCCUCCACAUCCACACUAACUUGCAUUUCAAUUGGACAAGUCAUUCAAAACUGUGGAUUAGAUUAUAAAUUGCCUGUGACAAAAACUACUUUUCCCUAGCUCUCCACUUUUUAACAGCUUCAAUCCCUUCCCACUUUUUAUCUUGGUUCAGCUUUUCCUUCCCUUGUUUUCAUUCAUUUUGCUUCUCUUCCACCUCCAUCCAAAAUAAUAAUGCAAGGGAGCUUUCUAGACUAGUCAAUCUCCACAGUAUUCUUAACUUUAAAAGGCUUCAUUUAUAGGCAAAUGUCUUAUUAUCAUUCAAGAAAAUGUCUACACAGUAGGUCAAGGUGGAAAUGACACAUUAAGGACUCCUGCUACUCCCUUUGAGUGGUUUGAAUUUGUACUGAAUUUAUUCAAUGAACUCUUUCACUCCCAUGAAUGACCAAAACAGAAUUUCUCAUUACAAUGUCACUACAAACUCAAGCAGACACGUGAUGAGAAUAAAGAAAAAUAUCAAUUUGGGGAUUAUAAGUUGAUCUAAUUCCAAGUUCUUCAAACUAACAUGUAGGCAUUGUAUGGAAGACAGUAAGGGGAACUACUAUUGAGAUCUUGGGAGUGAAAGGGUUAAGCUUCCUGGGUGCUUAUUAAAUGUUUGGACCUUAAAAGUGGGCACUUAUUCAAGGCUAAGUGCUUACUAUAUUUUCACCAUGUCAGCAUUUACGGGUAGUUAAUUUAUUUUGCAACGAAAAAGUAAACAAUUAAAUGUGAAGAAUUGUAGCAUAGACAGUGAAUGUAGAGAUUGUAAGCCUGUAAGGAAAUAAUAAUUAGUACUUCCCUUGUGCAUUUCACAUGUUAGUGAUAUAUGUUUUCUGAGUGAGGCACAGUCAGAACAAAAUCAAUUUGUAAACAACAUUGUAAAAUGAAUCUCUACAUAGUAAGUGGGAAUUUUUCAACUGUUUAUAACAAGAAGCUUUUCCUCUUCUGCAGGAUUGGUUCAAAUUUGCAUGCAGUGGUUGUCAGCACAAUCAGUUUGUAUUGCUUCAUAUUUGAUGUGGAAACAGCUUCCAAUCCUAUCAAGUAUGUUCCAUUUGUUUGUAAGCAGAUUUUGUCAAGUUUUUAAUGAUGAUGAACUUUAUUUAACAAGGGUUCAUAGCACAGUGUAAACGGAUGAAAUAAUGAACUUUAUUUAACAUGGGUGCAUAUAGCGUGAACUGAUAGAAAUAAUGACCAUCAGCAAAAAUGUGUAUAAAAAACAUCUGUAAAAUAGUUACACUUGAUUAAAACUAUAUGAAGGAAAACCAAGAUUAUCUGGACUUGUGAAUGGUCCAGAUUAUGGAGAUUCCUGAGUCCCCCCCAAUAAAAACUGAAUUCAGUAUACAAUAUUACAAAAUAAUUCCAUUCUUAAAAAAGUGCAUUCUCAAAUCAUUGUGCAUCAUUGAUAAAAAAUUUGCCAAAAUAUUUCAAAGAGUGUUUUACAACAAUGUUUCACAACCUAAAAUGCUGAUGUGAAUCAGUUUGUUCAAGCUGCUACAGCAUAUUGCACAUCCCAAGUUCUAUCAUUCUUUGAAGUUGGAUUUAUGGAAAAAGUUGUUACAUAUCUUGAAUGUGACUGAUAAUACAACUUAUAUCUGUGGAAACAAAAGGGAGCAGAGAGGGAAGUGGGAAUGAUCAAAAAAAUUUGAAUUUGAAAUUGAGGUCUGAACAGUCAUGGUUCAACUGUAUUAAUUUAGUUUUGUAAAUCAUCAUCUUUAAUAUGUUUACUUCAGUUGUCUUCCUUUCUUUAUAGAAAUGAUGGUGUGUUAGUAAGAGUUGGAGUAGCUAUUACAUUGGGGUACCUUUUAGCAGGUAUAUGUAAACAAUAGCCUCUAUUUGGUGCAAAAAUAUGCACAGAUAUCUUUCCAUGGACAUUAUCUGUUCCAAAACACUAACAGUUUUCUGAUAGUGAAGCUGGCGGGAAACUGUGAGCUUCUGUCACAUGCAUUUAGGCCAAUUGUGUGCAAGCAAAAAUAUUUGAUGGAUCAUAAGCCUUUGAGUACAUAAUAUGCAUAUAUUAUAUGCUUUAGAUAUCAUUUUAUAAAAUGCAAUGGUACAAGUGGAAUAGCUGGUAAAAUUAAAAAAAUAAACAAGCUAACUAGCAAAAAUCAGUAACUAACAAAAUCAGGGUCAUUGAAAAGUUCUCUGACAGAUUUGUAAGUAAAUAUGUCCCAUUUUUUAGUGCAGACAAAAUUAUCACUGAUAGCCUAUUCCUGCAGGCUGGCUGAUCUUUGAUGUUUCCAGCUUCUCAGAGUUUCCCACUCACUGAUGAUUCAUCUGACAUGAAAUGUUUAUCAUUAAUUUUUUCAAUAUUGGUUACUAAUUUGUCAGACAGUAUAAAGUUCAAUAAUUAUUCAACUUUUGCUUGAGACACAAUGAAAGCUUUGAUAACACGGAGUUCCACAGGGGGUGCUGGCAUUCACAAUUAUUUUUACCAAGGAAUCACCAUAGGACUCCAAGUUUCUAAAAAUUAGGGUAUUAUGUCAGAAUUUUUAAAACUUUAACCUCAGAUGUAGUUAUUACAUAGCAUAUUGACCUGCGCAAACUAGCAUCUGCUGUCUGCAGGUCAAAGGAGUAUUUUGUGUUUAUGAGAAGAUAGAUAAAGUGCAAAUUGAAGUGAAGUGAUCCCUAGUAUGCCAUAAAUAAACAAUCAGUCUAUCAGAAAUAUUCAUGUACUUUACAGAUGAUAAACAUUUUUUCAAACUAAGUAUCAUAAUUGUCACCAAAAUUCAAAUUUACUGUCUAAAAAUUAUUCAAUUUUUCUUGUUGAUUAUUUCAGAUUUCCUCAUCAUAGUCUGGUCCUACAAGUACAUUGGAGAUUUGUUUACUUUGGUUCACCACCUCAUGGCAAUAUCAGCAUAUUAUUUUGUUGUGGUAAGACUGUUUUACACUGUUUAUGUGAACAGAUACAGUACCGCUCAUUAACAAAAGAAACAACAACCAAGCUGUGGUCACCAGUGACUAUGAUAUUUAGUCCCCUACAAUAGAAAGAUGUAUGGAAAAUACUCCAACACUCUACCAGCAAUGAUUGUAACAUUACAAUUAUAGUUAUAAUAAAUUAUUAACAGUAACUUUUUUAAGUCUUUAGCAGCUAAAUAAUAAAGGCUGUUUUCAUAAUUAUAAGUCUCAUACUGAUAAAUGAAUAAUUCUGAUACUCAAGUUAGGUUGAGGAAUCAAUUUUCCUUUGUAGGUCAGUGGUGUUUUGCCUUACUUUGCUAAUGUUCGUCAACUUGCAGAGAUCUCCACCCCAUUUGUGAAUCAGAGGUUAGUUUGUUUGAGAAUUAAUUUGCAAUGACAUUUAUAGUUCUCACCAGAUCUGUGUUCUGUAUAUUUUCAUGUCUUACUCCCCUAAACACUGAGGUACCUGUACAUGUCACUCUCAUGCUAUCAUGUGACUUAGUUUUCUUUUCAGUCUACCCAGUCACUGUAAAAUUUUAGUGGUAAUGAGAUAAGUAAAUAUAAUGGAAAAUGGAAAUUGGAAAAUGAUUGUGGCUUGAUACUUUAAAGAAUUUAUCAGAACAUCUAAUUAUUACAAAGUUUGAGUAAGGAAGUUAUGGAUAUGGCAGGGUGGCAAAGAGUGUCUUCGACACCGUGAAAACAACAUUCAGGUGUGAGAUAACAAAGAGGGUCAUGUUUACAGUAAAUACAAUAAUAUGCAUGAGGCUUUUGUUCAAAACAGCAGAACUACAUGUGUAAUUUGAGCAAAGUUUCGCUUGAGAUUAUCAAAAUCGUGAAAAAUUAAUGGCAGGAAAACUCCUUGAUCCUUGAACUUUUUGAGAAUCAAAGAUCAAGGAUUGAGUUUCAAGGGACCUACCUUUGAGUUGUGUUGUAGGUGCACACUCGUGUAUCUUUUAACACUUUGUUAUAUUUUCUUUGAUUUUUACAUCUCUUGGCUUCCCAAAGGUGGUUUUUUGAUGCUGUUGGUCAUCACAGGUCAUCUAGCAGCUUCAUCAUCAAUGGAUAUGUUAUGGGUGCUUCUUUCUUUUUCUGCCGUAUACUAAUGAUGCCCAUUUACUAUUACAAGUGUUAUUUGGUCUGGGGAAGUGAAGAACAACUGCAGCUGGGUGCACUUAUCAAUUUUUUCUGGAUUUCUACCUGCAUUGUGCUGGACAUAAUAAACUUAUAUUGGUUUACCAAGAUAGUCAAGGGUGCGAUGAAGCUGACUCAAAAGCUUAAAGAUCGUAAAGACUGACAAUGAAUUAUGUAAAUGUUACAAUAUUGUAUACUUGUUAUAUCAUGUGGCCCGAGUUGCGUGAAGGGCAGAUGAGGCUAUCCACAGGAUAAAUUACUGCUGAUGGAUAGCAUAGUACAUUUAUUAACACUUACCUGCUGGAUAGCGAUUUAUUCAGUGGAUAACACUAUCUGCCUUUUGAACAACUGGGCCUUGAUCUUUAUGCAAUUUUUUAUGAAUUCCAUGUUCAAUUUUCACUGCCUUACACCCACGCGUUCAUUGAUCCCCAUUUUUUGUUUUCGUUUCUUUAUUUGUUUGUUUUGUUUUUUGUUCGUUUGUUUUGUUUUUGUUCGUUUGUUUGUUUUGUUUGUUUGGAUUUUUGAGAGCCAAUUGUUUUUUCCUUUUUUUAUUUCCUCUUAUUGUGGAAGAAUAUAACGUUAGCUAUUGCCAGUUAUUGUCAAUCUGUCAAGAUAUAGGAUGAGUGUUUUACUUGUGUAUGGGUAAGCUAAAAUCUAUGUGGAUUGACCUACGUGAAGGCUAAAAAAUAUAUUACAAAGAUAGAAGAAAACCCUAAUUUUUAUGAAUUACUUACUUUAUGACAGCAUUUUUUAUGUACAAUUUCUCUAAAAUUUAUUGCAAAUUAUGUUUAUAUUAUUGUUAGAAAUAAGAAUUUUAUUGUUAUUGUCAAUCAGUCUAGAUUUGGGAUGAGUUGUUUAUUUGUGAAUGGGUAAGCUAAGAUUUGUGUAGAUUAACCUACUUGACAGCUAAAAAAUAUAUUACAAAGAUAAAAAGCAACAUUACCCUAAUUUUUAUGCAUUACUAACUUCAUGAUAUAGCAUUUUUUAUGUACAAUUUCUCUAAAAUUUGUAGCAAAUUAUGUCUAUUAUUUAUCAUUAGAAAUAAGAAUUUUGAACUUUUGACAAAUAUAUUUAUAGUGUUUAUUUAGAGUAGCAG